AGCAUAAUUUAAGAUUGUCAGUCUCUGUUUUUUAUUUUAACUUGUGUGUCCCAUAUGAUUAUCUCUUCUUUUUUUUCCCCGUCAAUCUCAUAUAAUUCAUUGACCGCCACUCUCUCUGCUCAGAGACAGACGCUGAAAGAAGCCAUGGCCUCCUCAAUCCUUGGCAACCUCUCGUCUGCGUUUCUCCCGAGCCAACUCAGCAAAUCGAGCCGACCUCUUUUCACACCGCACUGUACCCCUACCUUUAAACGCACUAGUUUCGCGGCAAAAAUUCGUGCCUCUUCUACCGCCUUUGUUGAGACCAGGCCAACGGAUCCUGUGGUGGUUGAAAAGGAUGUCAGUAGCAGCAAGAACAUAGUAGCCUGUCCCGUGUGUUACGAGCCCGUAACUUUGAUCGGUGCUAACGUCUUAUCUGUAGAUUCUGCACGCGGAUCUAGUUUGCUGUGCAGCACCUGUAAGAAGACUUACUCAGGCAAGGAAACGCAUCUUGAAUUGACGGUAGCAAGUGGGUCUAAGUCAUAUGACGAUGCUAUGCCUAUGGCCACAGAAUUUUUCAGAACACCAUUCAUAUCAUUCCUUUAUGAGAGAGGUUGGCGGCAGAACUUUGUAUGGGGUGGUUUUCCAGGCCCGGAGAAGGAGUUUGAAAUGAUGAAGGAUUACCUCAAGCCAGUUUUAGGUGGCAAUAUUCUAGAUGCUAGUUGCGGUAGUGGCUUAUUUUCAAGAUUGUUUGCCAAGAGUGGGCUGUUUUCUCUUGUUACGGCUCUGGACUACUCAGAAAACAUGCUGAAACAGUGCUAUGAAUUCGUCCAGCAGGAGGAAAACUUUCCAAAAGAGAACUUUAUAUUGGUUAGAGCUGAUAUUGCUAGACUUCCUUUCGUUUCUGGUUCCCUUGAUGCUGUCCAUGCUGGUGCUGCUAUACACUGUUGGCCUUCACCAUCAGCGGCUGUAGCCGAAGUAAGUCGAGUUUUGAGGCCCGGAGGAGUGUUUGUCGCUACCACCUACAUACUUGAUGGGCCUUUCAGUUUCAUCCCAUUUUUGAAGCCUAUAAGCCAGAGAUUCACACAAGUAUCAGGCAGCAACUUCUUCCUAUCUGAACGUGAACUAGAAGCCGUCUGUAGAGCCUGUGGACUAGUUAAUUUUACAUGUACAAGAAAUAGGCAAUUUAUAAUGUUUUCUGCAACAAAACCCAGCUAAGCUUUCCGGGCUAUUCUCAUAUGUUCGUCUCACAGUAUUUUAUUUAAAGAGCAGCGCUUUACUUCAAUACUCGUUUGAUCAGUUUGUUUCUCUUGUAAUUCCAAUGUAUACCAAUGUGACAUUAUUUUACCUUGAGAAAGUGUAUGAAGAUAUGUAUUAUAAAUAAUUUUUGUAUGCUGUUAUCCCA